ACUCCUGCAGAGAGAAGAACUCGUGAUCUUGGUGGUAACAGUGUCACAAGUCCUCAGAAAAGAACCAGAAACAACUCCGAGGUGACCGCAGAGGCCAGUCCACGAAAGUCGAGUCGCCUGGCGAGUGCAGCUCCAGUUGAGGCUAGUCCACGAAAAUCCACACGAGUGACGAGCACUCCACAGAAAACUGACCCUAUAAUGUCCAGCCCCAGAAAGCACGCCAGAAUGACCAAUGUAGGCACCCCAGAGGGUAGUCCAAGGAAUUCAAGCCGCCUGGAAAAUAUUUCUCAGAAAGGUGCUAGCAAAACUGAAAGCCCCAGAAAGGCAGCAAAGCCAGUCAUCUCUACACCCACAUCAAGACCGGCUAAAGGUGAGAGCCCGAGGAAAACUGCUAAAGAUCAGACCACGGCUCAACAGAGCAAACCAAAAACUGCCAAAACAGAAAGCAACACACCUCGGAAAACUGCCAGUUCCAAACUCAAAGUUCCUCAGGAGCCGGUGAGUCUGCAGCCGUUGCAUGUCUUGCAGUGUCACAGUCGACAGGACAGUCCUGAGGACUUCAGCACUCAGCUUUGGGCCUGUGCCUUUGAGCCCCCACAGGAAUGCAGUGGUGGUGGUGAGCACUAUCAA